GGAAAUAAUGAAGGUACAUUCAAAUUGGGCCUAAGCGCAGCCCAAAUUAAACUGACCUUCAAAAUUCCCUUCCACUUCAGUUCCUUCUUCUCGAAACCCUUUCUCGCUCUUCUGUGAAAUAGGCUAAAAUUAACGAAAUUCUACUCACUAAAAUUGAAAUUCGUCAAAACCAUAGAUUUUAUGGCGUCGAAGAAGAAGCAACUGGAAGGAAUUGCUCUGCUUUCCAUGUACAACGACGAUGAAGAUGACGAGGAGAUGGAAGACCUCGAAGAGGAAGUACAGCAACAGGAGGAUGAAAAUCAGGUAGCAAAUAAUUUAGAAGAGGAUUCGAGAAUGAGCGUUGGCGAUGAUACCGUCGCUGGUGACGAGAGUUCGACACCGCAGCAGCCUCAGGUCUCGUUCAUAUCACCCAAGCAUCAACAUGGGGUUCCUUCAGAUUCGAGGAGUGGAAAAGGGAGAUUGACAAUCGUGGACUAUGGGCAGGACGAGGUUGCCAUGUCACCUGAACCUGAGGAAGGGGAAAUUGAGCUUCAAAAUGCUAAUGAUGAUUUCCGAGAAAGGACACCUAUGGGAACUGUUCAGGUUUUGACACCUGGUGAUCAAAGAACUCCUCAAUCAACAGAGCAUUUUGAACAAUCACAACCAGAUCCAAUGAGUUAUUCUUUCACAGAUUCAGAUGCUGUGGAAGUUCAGGAGGCUGUGGAGGUUACAGAAGAAGAAGCUGAUCCGUUAGAUAAGUUUCUUCCUCCGCCACCAAACGCGAAGUGCUCAGAGGAGCUACAGAGGAAGAUAGAUAAAUUUCUAGGUUUAAAGAGAAUUGGAAAAAGCUUCAAUGCAGAAGUUCGAAAUAGGAAGGAUUAUCGGAAUCCAGACUUCUUACUGCAUGCAGUGAGUUAUCAAGAUAUUGAUCAGAUAGGGUCUUGCUUCAGUAAAGAUGUGUUUGACCCACAUGGAUAUGACAAAAGUGAUUACUACGAUGAAAUAGAGGUAGACAUGAGGCGUGAAAGAGAAAGAAAGGAUCAAGAAAGUAAAAAGAAUCAGAAGGUAGAAUUUGUUGCAGGAGGAGUGCAAACUGGAAUGGUUGCUGCUGUCCCAAAACCUAACAUGGUCACUCAAGUGCUGAAUGCAAAUGAUGUUGUUGCAAGGGAUGGUAGACAAAACAAGAAAUCAAAGUGGGACAAGGUGGAUGGUGAUCGAAGGAAUCCUCUAUCUAUGGUGGGGCAGGAUUCUCUAUCUUCAGUUGGGGCCCAUGCGGCAAUCUUAUCUGCUGCUAAUGCUGGCUCUGGUUACACUGCCUUUGCGCAGCAAAGACGGCGAGAGGCAGAAGAAAGAAGAUCUAGUGAAAGGAAGAUGGAGAGGAGAUCUUGAGCUGUUUAUAAUGGAAUACAUAGGCACUAAUUCGGAACAAAGCAAAUUGCUCUUGGUAUGACUCUGUUCAGAUUUUGUUCUGCUUGAGAGUCAUUAAUCAGGAUGCUGUUGCUUUCUACUCUCACCCUUUUCCCUUUUUUUCUCCACUCCACAAAUAUAAACGGUCUCUGUUGGGAAUCCCAAGAAUGACGCCCGAGAUGCUGUUAUGGAUAUUCUUCCUCUCGCCCAGCUUUGUAUUAGACCCAAGUUUUGUUGAAAAAGUAAAAUUGAAUUGCCAAGAAAUAGGCAUAUUGGGAACAAAUGGCAAAGUCAUCUUUUUGAA